AUUAAGAACAAAAAUCCCUAGCUCCUUUCUCAUUUUCUUCUUUUUUUUUUUUCUUUGUAAUUCCCAAUAUACCGAAACAUCUCAGUUUCAGAUCUCACUUCUUCUCCUCCUCUUGCCCACCAUAGCAGAUCUCGCAUCACACACUACACUCUCCAACACCAACAGCAACAAUCAAUUUUGCUCUCUUUUCCCUCCCCCCAAAUUCCAUUCCAAUCAGAUUCAAAUUCCUAAAAAUUUCAAUCUGAGAAAUGAUGUCUUCCCCAAAUCACCCUCAACAACACCAACACCAGCAGCAGCAGCAACAACAACAACAACAACCACCCUUCGAUAUGCACUCAUUCUUCAACCCUCCAAACCCAAUCCCUAACCCUAACAAUUUAAUCGCUGCUCCCUCCUCCUCUGCCUCUACCCUCCACCCUUUUCCCCGCCAUAACCCCCUUCCAUCAACCACCUCCCACCUCCUCCUCCUCCGCCCUCGUCUCCUCCCCCAAUGCCGGCGCCCGCCUCAUGGCCCUCCUCACCAACCACGACCAACAACAACUGCAACCGCCACCGCAACUGCCUCAACAAUCUUCUCAACCGCUUUCCGCUGCGGCUUCCGCCCCUAUCUCCUCGAUGGGGAUGUUAUCUGCCGCGAACGCUGCGGCAGCUGCGCUGAAUCGCGUGGCGAGCAGUAAGGUGCCGAGAGGGAGGCGCCUGGCGGGGGACCAUGUGGUGUAUGACGUGGAUGUGAGGCUUCCCGGGGAGGUGCAGCCGCAGCUUGAGGUGGCGCCAAUAACGAAAUAUGGUUCGGAUCCUAACUUGGUUCUUGGAAGGCAAAUAGCUGUUAACAAGUCUUACAUUUGCUAUGGGUUGAAGCAAGGGAACAUUAGAGUGCUUAAUAUUCACACAGCUGUUAGGUCCCUUCUCAAAGGCCACAAUCAGAGGGUCACAGACUUGGCUUUCUUUGCUGAAGAUGUUCAUCUCCUGGCUAGUGUUGGAACAGAUGGCCGUGUCUUUGUGUGGAAGAUCUCUGAAGGUCCUGAUGAUGAAGAUAAGCCUCAAAUUACUGCCAAUAUUGUUAUCGCUAUCCAAAUGGUGGGAGAGGAGAAAGUUGAAAAUCCUCGAAUCUGCUGGCACUGCCACAAACAAGAAAUUUUGAUAAUUGGUAUGGGAAGACAUGUUCUAAGAAUUGACACCACAAAAGUUGGAAAUGGUGAGGCCUUUGUGACAGAGGACACUCUGAGGUGUCCUCUUGACAAGCUCAUAGAUGGUGUUCAGCUGGUGGGGACUCAUGAUGGAGAGGUGACUGAUUUGUCAAUGUGCCAAUGGAUGAGAAAUCGUCUGGUAUCUGCAUCACAUGAUGGCACGAUAAAGAUCUGGGAAGAUCGCAAGACACAGCCACUUGCGGUGAUGAGACCACAUGAUGGGCAUCCUGUUUUUUCUGCUACAUUUUUCACUGCUCCCCACCGACCUGAUCAUAUUGUUCUUAUAACUGGUGGACCUCAAAAUCGGGAAGUUAAGCUUUGGGUCUCAGCAAGUGAAGAAGGCUGGCUACUUCCAAGUGAUGCUGAAUCGAUUCUUGAUUUGUCAAAUGAACUAGGUGGAAGUUCAAACCUCCCAUCUGCUGAAAAUGCAUUUCAUCAAAUUCUAGCAAUGCAAGAAUCAAUUAAUCAGUUAUUGACUAUGCAGAAAGAGAUGCAGAAGCAAAUGACAAUGAUGGUUACAGUUCCAGUUACAAAAGAAGGUAGAAGGCUUGAGGCAGCCCUGGGGAGAACUAUGGAAAAAGCUGUCAAGGCCAACAUGGAUGCUUUGUGGGCUCGAAUUCAAGAGGAGAAUGCAAAAAAUGAAAAGUUGUUACGAGAUCGUAUUCAGCAUGUUACAGGUUUGAUUAGUAACUUCAUGAAUAAGGAUCUACCAGCAAUAUUGGAGAAAAUACUAAAGAAGGAAAUAGCUUCAGUGGGUCCAGCUGCAGUCCGUGCAAUGACCCCCACUAUUGAGAAAAUAAUAUCUUCAGCCAUUGUAGAGUCUUUCCAGAGAGGAGUAGGUGAUAAGGCAGUAAAUCAACUUGAUAAAUCAGUCAAUGCAAAACUUGAAGCCACUGUUGCCAGGCAAAUUCAAGCACAGUUUCAGACGACUGGAAAACAAGUGCUUCAGGAUGCACUCAAAUCCAGUUUUGAAAUAUCAGUGGUUCCCGCAUUUGAGAAAUCAUGCAAAGCAAUGUUUGACCAAGUUGAUUCUACAUUUCAAAAGGGCAUGGUUGAACAUUCAACUGCAGUGCAACAACGCCUUGAAUCUGGGCAUACUUCACUGGCAAUGACUCUAAGGGAAUCCAUUAAUUCAGCUUCAUCAGUUACUCAAACUUUGAGUAGAGAAGUGCUAGAGGGACAGAGAAAGCUAAUGGCAUAUGCAACUGCAGGAGCUAACUCUGGCACACUAAAUCCUUUGCCCAUUCAGCUGAACAAUGGACCUCUGCUUCGUGAAAAGGUUGAAGUGCCUCUCGAUCCCAAACAAGAGCUAGCAAGGUUGAUAGCUGAACGGAAGUUUGAGGAAGCUUUCACCGGGGCUCUACAAAGAAGUGAUGUGUCGAUUGUAUCUUGGUUAUGUUCUCAGGUUGAUUUACAUGGACUUUUGUCAAUGGUUCCUCUUCCUUUGACCCAAGGAGUAGUGCUUUCACUUCUGCAGCAACUGGCAUGUGAUAUUAACAAUGAUACCUCACGAAAGAUUGCAUGGAUGACGGAUGUGGCUGCCGCCAUUAAUCCCGCAGACGCCAUGAUUGCGAUGCAUGUGCGACCCAUAUUUGAGCAAGUUUAUCAGAUACUGAAUCAUCAACGUAGCUUGCCUACAAUGACUGGACCUGAUCUUUCAAGCAUCCUUCUUUUAUUGCAUGUCAUCAACUCUAUGCUCAUGACAUGUAAAUGAUUUUCCUCAUUUCUGGAAGUGUGCAAUUAGCCUUUUUGAACUUUCAGAUAUUACAGCAAUUUUGUACAAAGCUCAGUGAGUUUCAUUAAAGGAUCCAUAUUGGUAGGUAGUUGACUGUGAAUCAAGGUAGUGUUGAAGAGGUGAUUCUUCUAUCAAAAUUUCUGCAGCAACGAAAUUGUUUUUGGGCUCAAAAUAUUCUGGUUAUUUUUUGUCCUCCCAACAUUAGUUAAAUAUAGAGGAGUGUAUAUACUAUAUGUGUACUCAGUACUGUACCUUUUGUUAUUAACUUCAUAAUGAUCUGACAGACAAGGGUAGUUUUAAUCCUCCUUUUAGGAUUUGUUUUGAAUGCAUCCAUGAAUAAUUAAUUACAUUAAAGACGCGAGUUUCUUCCUUUAUAAAA